AAGUGAGGCGCCCGCGGGGCCUUCGGAUACGUGAAUGGGUGGUGCUUUGCUGGGGGAGGCAGCGACGGGAGCAGAGUUCUCAGGAGCCUCGAAACAAAUCCUCCUGCCUGACGAAACCCCGGCCCCAGCACGGUCUGCACCCAAAGCCUGGUGACGAACACUGCCUUGGCGACCGGAUGGGACCACGGCAAAAGAGCUACACAGCUGUGGGGGGAAACAAAUAAAACCCCAUCAGGGCCGGGGAGCGCGGGGGCUGCAGGGACGAUGGAGCGGGAGCUGCGGGCGGUAUCCGCAGGGCUGCGGUUCCGCCCCUGCCCACCGCCGUGUCCGCCCUGCAGCGCUGAACGCGGGGGUCGCUCUCUUCGGCCGCCCUGUUCCUGCCGUGCCAGCGGCGGCUGUGCCAGGAACGGGGAAAAUCCCCUUGCCUCGGUCAGCUGUGGAGUCUGCCUCCGAAACUCCGCGCUCUUCGCUAAGGCCCUGCUGAGCCACACGAGCGGCCGGGGGUAGUGGGCUUGUCCCGCUAGAGAAGAGAUUGAGCUGAGAACUCUUUAGGGGUCUUUAUCUUCCUCCCCAGGGCUUGCUCUGAUCUCUGUGAGCAGUGAUGGGACCCAGGGAACGGCUGGAGCUCUGCCAAGGGAGGGUUAGGCUGCCUAUCGGAGAAAGUUCUUCCCCCAGAGGGUACUGGGCACUGCCCAGGCUCCUCAGGGCAUCGGCAUGGCUCCGAGGGUGCCAGAGUUCCAGGAGCGUUCGGACAGCGCUCCAGGGAUGCACGGGGUGGGAUUGUUGGCGUGUCUGUGCAGGGACAGGGGUUGGAUGCGAUGAUCUUUGCGGGUCCCUUCCAACUCGGGCUAUUACACGGCUCCAUUCCAUGACUGCAGUUAGCAAGACGCCGGCUUCAGACGGCUCCCACCGGAGCCGAGGCGCUGUGAGUAUCGCAGCCUUUGCCCAGCGCGGUGACUCGGUGGCGGCUCCGUCAGCACGGCUGUUCCUGAGCCUGUCCCUUGGCUUCUGCUCCUCUCAAUAAUCCCGCAGCGGAGCUCGGGCCUGCCUACGCUCAACACGCGGCUCGGUUUGUUUAAGCCACAGCUCCGUCCCACCUCGGCCCAGCGCCCGCCCCCCGGCACCUCCCCUCCGGGGCGGGCGGCGCAGUGCGGAAGGACGCGGGGCCGGGAGGAAGCGGAUCCCGCCGGCUCCGCGGCACCGGGCGGGGCGGCCGGACGGGCUGCCUGUGUUUGAGGCAAAAUGGCUUUCAGCAAAGGAUACCGAGUCUAUCACAAGUUGGAUCCACUUCCCUUCAGUGUGAUCGUGGAAACCAGGAACAGAGAAGAAUGUCUCAUGUUUGAGUCCGGAGCUGUGGCUGUCCUCUCCUCUGCAGAAAAAGACACAAUCAAGAAUACGUACUCCAAAGUCAUGGAUGCAUAUGGGCUCUUGGGUGUGUUAAGAUUAAACCUCGGAGACACACUGUUACAUUAUCUGGUUCUAGUAACGGGAUGCAUGUCUGUGGGGAAGAUCCAGGACUCUGAAGUUUUCCGGGUUACUUCCACCGAGUUUGUGUCACUGCGACUUGACCCCACGGACGAGGAUCGCAUUUCGGAAGUGCGCAAAGUGUUGAACUCUGGGAACUUUUAUUUCGCCUGGUCUGCGACUGGUGUCAGCUUAGACCUGAGUCUCAGUGCUCACCGCAGCAUGCAGGAGCACACCACUGACAAUAGGUUCUUCUGGAACCAGUCACUGCAUUUACAUCUGAAGCACUAUGGGGUGAACUGUGAUGACUGGUUGUUACGACUCAUGUGUGGAGGAGUGGAGAUCAGGACAAUUUAUGCAGCUCACAAGCAGGCGAAGGCUUGUCUCAUUUCACGACUAAGCUGCGAACGGGCUGGCACCCGAUUUAACGUCCGGGGAACAAAUGAUGAUGGUCACGUUGCCAAUUUUGUUGAAACAGAGCAGGUGAUAUAUUUGGAUGACUCUGUGUCAUCUUUCAUACAGAUUCGAGGAUCUGUUCCAUUAUUUUGGGAACAGCCAGGACUGCAGGUGGGAUCCCAUCGUGUCAGGAUGUCAAGGGGUUUUGAGGCGAAUGCACCAGCUUUUGACAGGCAUUUCCAAACUCUUAAAAAUUUAUAUGGCAAGCAAAUUAUUGUAAAUUUACUUGGGGCAAAAGAAGGGGAGCACAUGCUCAGCAAAGCCUUCCAGAGCCAUUUGAAAGCAUCCGAACAUUCAGCUGAUAUCAAAAUGGUGAACUUCGACUAUCAUCAGAUGGUUAAAGGUGGAAAGGCAGAAAAACUACACAGUGUGCUUAAACCUCAAGUCCAGAAAUUCUUAGAGUGUGGAUUUUUUUAUUUUGAUGGAAAGGAAGUGAAAAGAUCCCAGAGCGGCACUGUCAGGACCAACUGCCUGGACUGUCUGGAUAGAACAAACAGUGUGCAGGCCUUCUUUGGCUUGGAGAUGCUAACAAAACAGCUGGAGGUAUUAGGAUUAGCUGAGAAGCCUCAGUUAGUUACUCGCUUUCAAGAAGUUUUCCGAUCCAUGUGGUCAGUGAAUGGUGAUUCUGUCAGUAAAAUUUAUGCUGGAACUGGAGCCCUUGAAGGAAAAGCAAAGGCUGGAAAGCUGAAGGAUGGUGCUCGUUCUGUGACCAGAACGAUCCAAAAUAACUUUUUUGAUAGCUCCAAGCAGGAGGCCAUUGAUGUUUUGUUAUUGGGAAAUACCCUAAAUAGUGAUUUAGCAGAUAAAGCACGGGCUCUCUUAACCACCAGCAGUUUACGCGUUUCAGAGCAAUCAUUACAAUCAGCAUCUGUAAAAGUGCUGAAGAGCAUGUGUGAGAACUUCUAUAAGUAUGCAAAACCGAAAAAGAUCCGAGUCUGCGUUGGGACGUGGAACGUCAAUGGGGGGAAGCAGUUUCGAAGUAUUGCCUUCAGAAAUCAAACCCUCACUGACUGGCUUCUGGAUGCACCCAAGUUAGCUGGAAUCCAUGAAUUCCAAGAUCGCAAAAACAAACCUGUGGACAUAUUUGCCAUUGGAUUUGAAGAAAUGGUGGAGUUAAAUGCAGGAAACAUUGUGAAUGCCAGCACCACAAAUCAGAAGCUCUGGGCUGCUGAGCUGCAGAAGACCAUCUCCAGAGAUUACAAGUACGUGCUGCUGGCUUCAGAGCAGCUGGUGGGCGUCUGCCUCUUCGUGUUCAUCAGGCCUCAGCACGCUCCCUUUAUCAGGGAUGUUGCUGUGGAUACUGUCAAGACUGGCAUGGGAGGAGCCACUGGGAACAAAGGUGCAGUGGCCAUUCGGAUGCUGUUCCAUACCUCCAGCCUUUGCUUUGUGUGCAGUCAUUUUGCUGCAGGGCAAUCCCAAGUCAAGGAGAGAAAUGAAGACUUUGUAGAAAUUUCUCGCAAGCUUGGCUUUCCAAUGGGAAGGAUGCUCUUUUCCCAUGACUAUAUUUUUUGGUGUGGGGACUUCAAUUAUCGAAUAGAUUUGCCCAAUGAGGAGGUGAAGGACCUGAUACGACAACAGAACUGGGAUCCCCUCAUAGCAGGAGACCAGCUUAUCAACCAAAAAAACUCUGGACAGAUUUUUAGGGGAUUUCUGGAAGGGAAAAUCAAUUUUGCCCCUACAUACAAAUAUGAUCUGUUCUCUGAUGACUAUGACACCAGUGAAAAGUGCCGCACGCCGGCGUGGACAGAUCGGAUCCUUUGGAGGAGAAGGAAAUGGCCGUUUGACCGCUCAGCUGAAGACCUGGAUCUCCUGAAUGCAAGCUUUCACAGUGACAGUAAUGUCCCUUACACAUGGAAUCCUGGCACUUUGCUGCACUACGGAAGAGCAGAGCUGAAAACAUCUGAUCAUAGGCCUGUGGUUGCACUGAUUGACAUUGACAUAUUUGAAAUUGAAGCAGAAGAGAGACAAAAAGUGUAUAAGGAGGUGAUUGCAAUGCAAGGUCCCCCUGAUGGUACUGUGAUGGUCUCCAUCAGAAGUUCUUCAGCUGAAGAAAACUAUUUUGAUGAUAACUUGAUUGAUGAUCUUCUUCAAAAAUUUGCAAGCUAUGGCGAAGUUAUACUUAUAAGGUUUGUGGAAGACAAGAUGUGGGUAACAUUUUUGGAAGGAAGCUCUGCUCUGAAUGUUAUGAAUUUGAAUGGUAUUGAGCUACAAGGAAGGAUUAUAGAUAUCAACUUGAAAAAUCCAGAUUGGAUCAGAAGUUUGGAAGAUGAAAUGAAUCUAGAGAAGAUUAAUAUUGGGCUGCCUUCGUCAACAAGCUCCACUUUGCUUUGUGAAGAUGCUGAGGUUACUGCAGACUAUGAUAUGGAAGGAGACAUCGAUGACUACAGCGCUGAAGUAGAAGAAAUCCUUCCUCAGCACCUACAGCCAACAUCGAGUUCAGGGCUCGGCACCUCCCCGAGCUCUUCCCCGCGUUCCAGCCCCUGCCAGUCCCCGACGCUGUCGGAGGGACCCGCGCUCCCGGCGAGACCCAGCCGAGCCCCAGGAAAAACUCCUGGACCUCCUGCUUCCACACAUGCUGAACUGCAGACUGGUGCCCAGCAGAAGGAGCCUGCCCAGAGCCUGGAGCCAAAGCGUCCCCCACCCCCUCGGCCCGUGGCUCCUCCUGCGCGUCCUGCUCCUCCGCAGCGCCCGCCUCCGCCCUCAGGCGGUAGGAGUCCUGCACCUGCUAGAAAAGAAUUUGGAGGUCUUGGAGCUCCUCCCAGUCCUGGGGUAGCUAGGAGAGAAGUAGAAGCACAAAAAAGCCCUGGAACACAAAGAAAAGAUAACUUAGUUCGUAAUCAGCCUCCACAUUCAGCGGGCACAACCAGACCGACUAUUCCUCCUCGAGCUGGAGUUAUCAGUGCCCCACAAAGCCAUGUCCGUCCCUCGGGGGCAAGACCAGCGUCUGAGACUCAGACCAAACCAGCUGAACCACCAAGGGGCUCGCCAUUGCUUCCUGAACCACUAAAGCCUCAGGCUGCUGGACCUGCUCAGCCCAGCACUCCUGUGCUAAGGAUGCAGGAGCCCCUGAUCCCUGUGGCAUCGCAUCCGUCUCAGGCAAGUGCCCCGCAAAGUCUGGAGCCCCCCCAGCCGCCACCUCGUAGCCGCUCAUCUCACAGUUUGCCUUCUGAACCUGCUCCCUCCCAGCAGCAACUGAAUCCCAACGGGACAUACGGCACUAACCCUGAACCCCAGCUCAGCAGUGACCCUUUUGAAGACCUGUCAUUUCAGCUGCUCGUGUCCAAGAUGCAGACAUCUGUCCGAACAUCACCUGCUCCAACCUUAAACCAGAAGGAGUUGAUACAGUUGCCUUCAGCAAGGCAAAGAAAUGCGGAUAAUUCGAAUACUGUAAAUUGCAUGUCAGCAACGCCUCCUAUUCCAACCUUGCACUCAUCCCAGGAACAUCAGCGCAGCUCUCCAAAUCCAUUUAUUACUGGGCUGAACUGCUCAAAUCCAUUCACGGAAAGAACUCCUAAUGCUGGGAACCCAUUUAGGACGGAAACACGGGAGUCCAGGAUAACCUCACAAGUACUGGUAGGACCUGCUGCUUCCCACCCAUUCCCUCUUCUGCCCCCUCCCAGCUGUAACACAAGCAAGCCUCUAUUUCCUGUGGAUGCAGCUGAAAAUGCGUUUUGCCUGCGAAGUAAAUCUCUCAAGGUAGAAAGCGUACAGCCCAAAGGGUGGGUGACGUUUGACGAGGACGAGAACUUUAGCACGAAGCUAAAGCCAUCUGCGAGUGUUCCGGAUUUUAAGCGGCUCGGCUCCGGGAAACCAGCUGGAUGCCCAGGUUUGCUGGGAGCUGAACACAAGACUUUCCUUGGUUCAGACUUCAACUUCGAUGGUGACUGGAGUAAAAGUGCUACUGAUUGCUUCUGUACAAUGCCAGCAAGAAAGCCACCUGCACCCCCUGUGCCAUCCAGAGCAACCAGCAACAGGUCCCCUGCAGAUCCCUCCCCGGCACCCAAGGUGUCACCGACUCAUGGUUUUACAGAAAGAUAGAUGGUCAGAGAUGCAGAAGGUUAUAUCUGUUCCUACCUUUUAUCCAGUAGAAUAAUUGGGCAUUUGAGAUUAUUCUGUGUGCAAUAAUUAAUUGUUAAAUGCACUGAAACUUAACUCUGCUCAUAAACAGCCACUUCAGCUUGUGUAUAAAUUUUGAAUGUGUAUAUAUGGUAGAGCACAAAAAAAUGGUCUGAAGUUUAAUAAAAUCUCGGUGUGAUAGUAUUUGAAUAGACAAAAAGAGAAGGGUGAGCUACUGUCUCACUAAAACCUGUCAAUCCUGGACACAGAUUUUGCUUAGGGAGCUCUUUCAUUUCUGUUCUCCUUUGUGGAAUUCCACAAGAAGAGGCUCCCUGCUGGUAGCCUCCCCCCUCCCUUUUGACUGUUUUGUUAGCUGAUAUUUAUAAGUAUUUACCAAAGAGCUGCCAAAGUUUAUGGAGAUUUGAAUGUUGACAAGUAUUGUUUAGAAGCUGUUUAAUUUAUAACAGAGGCUAAUGGGUAUUUGUAAGGCUUAUAUUUGAAUUUGAGGCACUACAAAAAUAGUUUACUUUCAAAAUAGAAACAAAACUUUGCAUAUUAAUAUAUUCAAUUAAUCUCCUGUGUCAGUACAUUUCAGUUGUUAAAUCCUAUUGUGACAUACACUCACUAGCACUAAUUCAGAAUAAUUGUUCCAUAUCAUCCAUUUAUUCAUUACUAUUUUAACUAUGCUUCUUUUCUUUUCCACAAACUGGAAACAGCUGAUACAGCAAGCUGGAAAAAAGCCCCCCCUUGGCUUUUGAGAUACAAAGCAGUAUUUGCCAGUUGCAGACCAUGUAGUCUGCCAGCCAGGGGGUGACACAAAACGCUUAGAUUGUAUUUAGAGUAGUGAAAUAUCCCAGGGCAGCACGCUUUCGAAAUCCUCAGACGCUCUCACAACAUGAUCCAUGAAAUAAUCCACUAUUCCUUCGGACAGCCCCUGGUUAGCCACGAGCUGCAGCCGCCUAGAGGAGUGAUAGUGAGUUUUCUAUUGCGCUUUUUUCUGUUCAGGUCAUUCCAGUUGUACAUUUGGAACAGCAGUGGUACUACUUGUGCUUCGGUGUGUGAGUUACCUUGUUUCACGCUGUUGCUGCAAACAUCCGUGUGGUUGAUGUUUUGGUAUAUCCUGACAUUAGCAAACCAAAUUCAGGGGGGAACUUUUGCUAGUGGGAGUCACGUGAUAAAUAUGUUGUCAAAUAUUUAAUUGCAGUGAUUAAAAACUAUCUGUCUGAACUGUA